AUGCAUCCAGUUAUUAUAACUUUAUUAUUUGUAUUUGCUGCUACAGUCGCAAAUCCUGUAAUAUUGGUAGAGAAUAAAGAGAGUAAUAACGAACUAUUUCGAAAUGAUCCAAGUUUAAAGGCAGAUGGGAGACUUUUGGAAAACGUAAAUUCCAUAAUCCGAAAUGCUAAAUCUUUAGAAGAUCCAUUGAAUAAAGAGGAACCAGAGGAAUCAAGAAGUAUAAGUUCACAAUUUGAAGGCCGUAAGAAGAAGAUCAAGAAAAUCAAGAAGACCAUCAAGAAGGCCUUUCUUCCAAUCCUAAUCUUCAUCCUGGUUAAAGCCAUUAUCUUGAUACCUCUAGCUUUAGCAAUUUUAGGUUUCAAGGCUUGGAACGCUUUACAAUUGUCCUUCGUUUCAUUCGUAACAGGUCUGGGACUAGCGAUUUGGAAAUUUUGCACAAAAGUUAGCCACGAUGAUCACGUGCCAGUGGUCCAUAGUGGCUGGGAGUUAGACAGAGGUGAUAAUGCUCAUCUGUUGGCAUACAGUGGAUACGUUGGUUCGGACGUUGACAUAAAAACCAACGCCAUUGAAACUGGAAGAAGUGAUGCCAGCAGCAUUGAAGACCACAUCGAAAGAUAUAUCAAAAACCAUGAAGCAACGUUCGAUUUGCCGUUUAUUGGUUCCAAGGUGACGUUAGAUGGAAAAAGUCUGGACGAUGAAGAGAUGAGCAUUAAGUUGAAUUUUGGUACAGACGUUCAAGCCCGUAAGAAGAAAUCAAAACUAAAGAAACUCUUCGUUCCUAUUUUGGUUUUCCUCGUCAUCAAGGCAAUGACCCUCAUACCAUUGGCCUUGGGAAUACUGGGAAUUAAAGCUUGGAACGCUACUCAGCUGUCCUUCGUGUCGUUCAUUUCUUCCUUGGGAAUGGCUAUUUGGAAGCUUUGUACCAAAGUAAAUCAUGAGCCUCCUCAGAUCAUCCAUCAAACGUACGAUCCCCAUUUGCACCAUUUCCAUCACGACAGGUCAGAUGGAGCACAACAAAUGGCCUAUUCGGGCUAUGCUCCGCAGCAGUAA